CAGAAAACUUGGGAGAGAGAGAGAGAGAGAGAGAGAGAGAGAGAGAGAAAGAGAGAAAGAGAGAGAGAAGACACGGCGAGGGGAGGAGAAGGGGGCGGUGCCGGUGCAGAAGGGGGAGGAGCCAACAGACGCUCCUUCGAUCCUUCAUGGAGGAUUAAUUCCUGACCUGGAUUACUGGCUAUGUAUCAGUAGAACACUGACUAAAGGAGCAUCAUGUGAUCUCCAGAGUUAAUCUACAAGUCAUCGCUACACACACACACACACUCACACACACCAGUUUAUUUCUGGAAGGACGUGUAACACAAACCUCAAUGCAUCUUCAGAUCGCAGGAACGUAUCCAUUAUUUCAUGCUGCAAUGGAUUGUUGAUCACUAUGUCUGGAAGUGAUAAACCCCUCCCACUCCCUGGCUCUGGCCACGCCCAUGCUCUGGGCAUUUUUCCGAUGCCCCCGUAUCCUUACUUCAUCCCUCAUAUGAUGGGUGGGAUUUCUCCUCCGGCACUGCCCGCGCUUCCUGUGAGCGGAUACAGUACCCCGUCUCCAGCCAGGAGUCGGUUCUGUGUCGGAUCUCUCCGGGUUUGCGUGGAGAUGUAUGAGAAUGUGGACGUGGUGGGUUUGACCCCGAACCCGUUUUUAAGCGUGGAUUAUUACCACCAGCAGCAGCACCAGCAGCAGAAGCGCGGAUGUCUGAUCCAGGAUAAAGGGAUGCCGAGAUCCUUCGUCCCCUGGAGCUCCUCUCACUCGGUGGACACUCAGAGCUCCAGUUCGGAGGACAUCGUCCCAAGUCCUCCGUCUCCUCCUCCUCCUCCUCGUGUGUAUAAACCCUGCUUCGUCUGUCAGGACAAAUCAUCAGGAUAUCACUAUGGAGUCAGUGCCUGUGAGGGCUGUAAGGGUUUUUUCCGUAGGAGCAUCCAGAAGAACAUGGUGUACACGUGCCACAGAGAGAAGAGCUGCAUCAUCAACAAGGUCACACAACCGCACCGCUGUCAGUACUGUCGCCUACAGAAGUGCCUGGGUGGCAUGUCCAAAGAGUCUGUCCGAAACGACCGGAACAAGAAGAAGAAGGAGGAGAAGAAGCCGGAGUGCACAGAGAGCUACAUUAUGGAUUCGGAGACGGAGCGGAUGAUCGAGCGAGUGAGGAAAGCUCACCAGGAGACGUUUCCGUCGCUGUGUCAACUGGGAAAAUACACCACGAAUAACAGUUCGGAUCACAGAGUCUCUCUGGACGUCGAUCUGUGGGAUAAAUUCAGCGAACUUUCCACCAAGUGCAUCAUCAAAACAGUGGAGUUCGCCAAACAGCUGCCCGGCUUCACCACGCUGACCAUCGCAGAUCAGAUCACACUGCUCAAAGCAGCCUGCCUCGACAUCCUGAUUUUGCGGAUCUGCACACGCUACACUCCCGAUCAGGACACCAUGACGUUCUCAGACGGACUGACGCUGAACCGGACUCAGAUGCACAACGCCGGGUUCGGGCCUCUCACCGACCUCGUGUUCGCCUUCGCCGAUCAGCUGCUGCCGCUGGAGAUGGACGAUGCGGAGACGGGGCUGCUCAGCGCCAUCUGCCUGCUGUGUGGAGAUCGUCAGGACCUGGAGGAGUCGGACAAGGUGGACAUCCUGCAGGAGCCGCUGCUGGAAGCGUUGAAGAUCUAUGUGAGGAAGAGGAGGCCUCAUAAACCACACAUGUUCCCCAAAAUGCUGAUGAAGAUCACAGACCUCAGGAGCAUCAGCGCUAAAGGUGCAGAGCGAGUGAUCACGCUGAAGAUGGAGAUCCCUGGCUCCAUGCCUCCACUCAUCCAGGAGAUGCUGGAGAACUCUGAGGGUUUGGAGAACAGCAGUGUGAAUCCUCCCAGCAGCUGCAGCCCAAGUCUCUCACCUAGCUCCAUACACAGCAGCCCAUCGUCACACUCGCCCUGAAUCUCUCUCUCUCUCUCUCUCUCUCUCUCUCUCUCUCUCUCUCUCUCACAAACACUUUCUCUCUCUCACACACAAACACACACUUAUAUUAACAUGUUUGCCUGGAAGCUGCUCCAUGACUCAGGAACCACGGAGGCAAGUGUGCAGCCGAGUCUGAGAGUGAGAGCCUGGCUUCAGGACCGUGAUGUGUAACGUGGCUGAUUGAGACGAUCCUCUCUCUCUCUCUCUCUCUCUCUCUCUCUCUCUCUCUCGCUCUCUCUCACACACACAUACACACUUACACACACACACAGGCUGAGACUGAGUCACACUAACAAGGUGUGCUCUUCAGUAGAACUCCUGACUUACCAAUCUGAUCUGGAGCAGCUUGCACGUUGGAUUGCGAUCUAACACCAGACGGAGGAUUCUAAUCGGCGACGCGGGGAAGGACGUGAGAUCGUGUACGUGGUGCACACUCGCAGGAAACCUUUCUAUUUUUCACUCCCAUAUGAACUCUACAGUGACGUUUUUGGACUUCCCGUAAUCUGUAGAUUUAACGAACGAGGAGACGACAAACCGGAGACACGGGACGUCCGAUGUCCAGAAGUCAUCAGGGACAUGUUUUUGUGUUUGUUUUGUUUUCUUAAGAAAGAUAUAUGAAUAUAUAAAUAUCUAUAUUGAAAGAAAAUGAGAUGAUUUCAAAAAUUGUGUCGAUGCAGGAAAAAAAAAAAUCUCACAUUUACUCUUAUUUGUCCUAAGAGUUGAAUAUAGUUCAGUUCUGUUUGCUGUCUCACUUCACUGCAGAAAAAGAUUGUUGUGGAUGUUAUGAUGUUUUCACGCUGUUCAGUCGGAACUAAUCUCAUACUCACAAUCACACUGAGGGGGGAGCAGUGUGGCAAUUGUCAGUGGGAGAGGGGCAGGGUGGCGAUUGUCAGUGGGGAGGGGCAAGGUGGUGUUUGUCAGUGGGGAGGGGCAAGGUGGCGAUUGUCAGCGGGGGAGGGACAAGGUGGCAGUUGUCAGUGGGGGAGGGGCAAGGUAGCGAUUGUCAGCGGGGGAGGGGCAAGGUGGCAGUUGUCAGCAGGGGAGGGGCAAGGUGGCGAUUGUCAGCGGGGACGGGGCAAGGUGGCAGUUGUCAGCGGGGGAGGGGCAAGGUGGCGAUUGUCAGCGGGGGAGGGGCAUGGUGGCAAUUGUCAGUGGCAGGUGAAGCAGGUUGAAUAUUGGAAACGGGGGAGGGGUGAAAAUUCAAACGUAACUAAAGACAGAAGGUUAUUUAUCUCGUCAUUGUUAGAUCUGUUCAGAAGAUCAUCGAACAAAUUAUUAAGGAAUGUUAACAGUGGAGGUGAACAAGUCAGUAAUGUAUCAAAACACACACACUAUGGUUAGCUAAUGCAAUGAACACGUAUGCAGUCAUCCAUUAAAUCAUUUCACAGUCAGAUGUGUGGUCCAGUCUCUAAAAAGUUCCAGGAUACCGAUUUGUCCGCCUCUGUCGAACAACCGACUUAAGCAUUUUACACAUGAAGCGUUUAUCUUUUACAGUGCAGUCAAAUCCCGAAAGCCCGGUCUGCAGAGAGAUUAUUACACUCUCAUGUACACAACCACAACACUGCCUCGGUUUUGUCCUUCUCAUUCAUCCUCAUCUACAACUCCACUGCCUCCGUGAGACAAUCAGUUUUCCCGUAGCUCCACAGUAACUCUGCGUGUACGGACCAGGCCGAGCGACACCGGACACCGGGAUCGAAUCUCGCAAACGUUGGACUUGCAUCAUGAGAGCAGUGAGUCUGUUGUUGAAAGAGAAUUCAGUUCAUUUCCCUCCCAAGAUGUUGCUGCAAAUGAAUACCAAACUGGCCUUUGAACUUCAUCCAUCGCGUCACCGGCUUCGGCAUCCAACAUGUUCACUACAAACUCACCAUGAUCCGGUCCUGAUCCCAGACUAUUUACCCCCUGAGGUACCACCACCAUGAGCAUCUAAAAGCUAUAACACAUGCCUCCUCACUUUCGGUCCCGGUUUCCACUGAAGACACGAAUCAUCACUGUACCUGUGUGCAAUACCUCUUCACAAAAUAAAACAGAUAUUAAGAUGCUUGAAAGACUUCCACGUUUCACUUUGACUAUGCACGCGACUUGCACAGAAUCUCGAAUCUCAACGUGUUUCGGCUUCCUCUGAACUUCCUUUCGGUGUUCAGUAAACGUGAACAUGACCAUGUUAGAACACUGCCCAAAAACUAUCACUGCCAGCGAGCCACAUCAUUUCACACGUCUUAAAACAUGUCGAUGUCACACGGCCUCCAGCACAAAGACGUCGUCUUCUGUUCUUUUUUUUUCUGUUCUGCUCCGACACUUGUUACACAUUCAAACGCACAAAUGUUGUUUCUCUUGUACCAUGAACUGGAUGAUGAUGAUGAUGAUGAUGAUGAUAAUUUUUAUUAAAGACUGAUGUUUUGUGUGUGUUUCUGA